AUGCAGCGUAUCAAACUUGACCAGGCCUCAUCGGACUUGCCGAAGCGAACAAGCAACAAGAUCGGGAGGGUGCGAACAGCGACGACAGUGAGCUCGUUCCAUGCGAUGCAUCAGUGUCGGGACAGCUUGUUUCUGUAUGCAGAAAUGUGGCCGAACGUCGAGCUUCUUCGGGAUGCUCCGGCUGAGUAUACGGUAUUGCUCGACAGUUCCAGAUGCCGGCUCGAUGGUCGAGGUCAACGGACAAGCUUCGCAGCAGUUGGCAAGUGUCGGUCUUGA